GCAACAGAAACAGGCUGGAGAAAGUGCCGAGGAAAGAGAAACUCGCUUGGUAAAACAAAGAGAAGCUUGGCAAAACAAAGAGAAGCGUGGCAAGAAAGGACUCCAGAAGUUAAAGGUAAGCAGAAAGGGUAUAAAAGGGUGUAUGAUUUAGAUAAAAUGCAAAAUGAGUCUGAAGCAGAAGGAACAAACAGGCUACAAAAGAGAAAACAAGACCAAGCAACCGAAACAGUUGAUGAACGAGCAAGAAUACUUGAAAAACUAUGA